AUGACUUACAUCAAGCUACCCCCGAUUCUGGCUUUCGUGGCCUUGGUUCGUGGACAUAUGGAGAUGUCGUUCCCGCCUCCUUUUCGCAGCAAGGUCAAUCCCUUUGCCAACCCCUCGACUGUUGACUACUCGAUGACUGCUCCGCUCUCUGGAGCGGCUGGCUUUCCUUGCAAAGGUUACCAGUCUGAUCUGGGAACUCCCGCCGGCGCUUCUGUGGUGACUUGGAACCAAGGUGCAGCCGUCAAUAUCUCUAUCGCGGGCUCAGCUAGCCACGGCGGUGGUUCUUGCCAAGUUUCACUCUCCUACGACUCUGGCAAAACCUUCAAAGUCAUCCAUUCCUUCAUUGGCGGAUGUCCAUUGACCCCAACCUGGAAUUUCAACAUCCCGAGCGAUGCCACUCCAGGGCCAGCCUUAUUUGCAUGGACCUGGUACAACGAAAUUGGCAAUCGCGAAAUCUACAUGAAUUGUGCGUCAAUCACCAUCGGAGGAGGAACCAAAAGAGCGAGCACGGUCGCCUUUUCUUCUCGACCUGACAUCUUCAAGGCAAAUAUCGGAAAUGGCUGCACGACCAUCGAAGGGCAAGACGUUGUCUUCCCAGAUCCAGGACCAGAUGUCACAGGAACCUCCGCCAAAUCCGGCACUGGUUUCACUGGAAACUGUGGCGGAUCAUCAUCUGGCGCCGCCUCUGGCUCAGCUGGCGGAGGUUCUUCUGCGGCAUCUUCACCUACACCGCAGGCCCCAGUUGCCAGUCCCUCCCCAGUAGUUUCCAGCGUCUCCGCGCCUCCUGCUCCUUCUGCUUCUCCUUCUAAUUCUAGUAGCAGCAUUGGCAGCACUUACACUGUG